CUUCUAUCAUUCCAACAUUGAAUUUUUAAGCAGAUAAGUUAAAUAUAGAAUUUGCAAGCUUCUGAUUCAGGUUCGGAUAAGUAGCAUUUUUUUGUGUUUUCUCAUUGUCAUGCUGCCCAGACCGCCUUAUCUUCUGUUUUCUGUAAAUUAUUUACCUGUUUUGAGUCUUGAAAAUGCUGCACAAGUUAUGAUGGGAUAGCCUGAGUUCCUGUGUGCUAUGCACAUAAUCAUAUCGUUUCUAUUCUACUUGAGUCUCAAAUUAUAAGGUGGAUUAAUGUUUAGCAACUCCCCAUUUUAUUUUUUCCAGACCCAUGUAUACAGGGGUAAUUGGAAUUCAAGGAGCUUAAGUCUUUUGUAAAGAAUCAAAAUUAGGCCAAUGGAGGACUGUUUCUGGUAAUGGAUGAAUUAGGGCAUAACCUGUAAUGCCGUUUUGUGAAGGUCAUUUCAAUAUAGAAUCAGGUAAAGUGAACUGGAUCAUCGGUUUUUGGAAGAGCUCGCUACAUACAUAAAGGAAGUUGUAGUAUAUUUAGGAGAAAUAAGUGUUCCAAGAACUAAUAGACUCUGUUCUGUCAUGAUUUGCUCUUAUUAAUUAAUUUGUUCUCUUAAGGAGCCCUUAGGUUACAGGAAUUGUCUUCUUUGUCAGUUACAGAAGUAUAAAUUACAUUAAAAGCACGAAUUCAGUCUGACUUUGAAUUGCUGUCGGUCAUAGAGCUGAAUUGCUUUGUAUGAAACCACUUACCUAUGGCUAGUAUUUAAAUGUCCCACAUUUUCAUUCGAGGUACUUGGGCUUGGUCAUCUGUUGUACUCGUUUUAUGAAUCUGUAUAGCCUUGUUAUUGAAAGCUGAUCAAUAUGAUUAACAUGGUCCAAAUGAAAGUAAGCCACGCCUUUACGACACAAGUACGACUGGGUGACUCGUUGAAUAGAGAUAGGAAUUUUUUAUCAAUUCCCACUGAUUUUCAACAUUUAAGUAGCCUGCAUUUUUGGAGUUUAAAGAGCGUCAAAACAUUACUGAGACCGGUUAAAGUGUUCAACAAGAGUGAUUUCUCACCCUUAGUAAGAAAUUCUAUAAUAAGCUUUUCUGGGUCAACCGCAAACAGAAGUAAACAGGGAUCAUUGAAGCAUUAUGCUAGAAAUGUGACCGUUGGAAUAAGAAAAGGAUUACAAGAAGCUAGGGCUUCAACAUCAGCUGUAGAAGAGAAGGAAUUAAAGUAUUUGGUAAGUGACUAUGGAUGGAGAGUGAGGCUUUUAACAACAGAAAAGGAGGAGAUGGAUGCAGUAGCAGAUAUUCAAUCUGCAGCCUUUUACAGUCCAGCUCCAAUUUGGGACAGCUUUUUCUACAUGAUUUUUAAGGCAGAAGUACUCGGUGCUCUCUUGUACAAGCUUAGGAAUUCACCACCAAACAGGUAUGCUUGCUUGGUUGCUGAAACUGAUUAUGAUACUACGGAUCAUGGAAUGGCCAAUAAAACCAAGCAGGAAAUAGUUGGUGUCGUGGAUGUUACAGCAUAUACAGAUAAGGAUGUCCUGUUCCAUUUAGGAGGAGCAGUGGAAUAUCUCUAUGUUAGUGGUAUAGCUGUUGGAGAGAACUACAGGAGGAGAAAGGUUGCAACAGUUCUACUUAAAGCAUGUGAUUUUAUGGCAUUUCUCUGGGGUUUUGAGUAUCUAGUCCUCCGAGCAUAUGGAGAUGACGUUGCUGCAAGAACCUUGUAUAGCAGGGCAGGCUACCAAGUUGUCUCGCAAGAUCCACCUUGGGCAAGUACUUGGAUAGGGAAAAAACAACGCGUCCUCAUGGUUAAGAGGGUUUCAAAUGACAAAUUGUAGCGCUUAUAUACCAUGCCAGUGUAACAAUGAAGUUUGAGCACCUUAAAAAGUUAAAAAGGAUAAAAGCCAAUUCUCAAUGUAAAAGUAAAUGUAUAAAAUGCAGUCCAAGUUGUAAAGUUUGCCUUACCUGAAAGUUCAUUUGGGCCGUCUUGUUGCUUCGAAGGUUAGUUACAGCUUUUUUCAUUGAGGCCAGAGAGUUCUAGGCUUUCAUUGUUGAACGCAAAACGGUGGUUGAAAACUUAAAACAUCUAUAAUUAUAUGGGCAUUUUUUUAAAUUGA